UUUUUUCAAAUGAAAUCGAAUCCUUUUGUUAUUAGAUUAAAAAUGAAUAUGAAUACUGUUAAGAAUUGUGUGGGUUAUGAUUUUAGGCUCCUAUAAAUGCUAACAUGAUAGCCACGGCCUCUUUGUGCACGCCUCUGUGCAAAGCCACCAGCAACUAACGAAACCACCAUCCAUGGCAGCCAACGAACUUUCCCUUCUCCACCAGACCACACCAGCAGCUCUCUCUCUCUCUCUCUCUCUCUCUCUCCUGUCGGCAGCCUUUUCUUGCAUCAGUUUUUAAAGAGAAAGAAAGGGUUUCCUUUUCUCCUGUCGGCCCACAGUCCUUUUCUAAUCUUUAAAUUUUCUCUUAAUUUCCUAUAGAAUUCAAAUCUCAAUCUCCACCUUUUUCAAACGGAUUCACGAAAGCUUCUGUUGUUUUGUUGUUCGAAUUGAAAAUACAAUAGAAUUUGGUAAGAAAAAAAUUGCUGUCAAAGGGACUGGGUCAAGGGAUUUAGAGAUUGAUAUCCCAUAAGUUCAGCCAUAAUAAAGGCAGACACAAAAAUGUCCCCAAGAAACUCAAAGAAGCCAGGUAAGCAGAUAACAAUUUUGGGUUUGGAUCGUAACGUCUAACACCAUAUAAGCUGUGUUCUUGAGAUGGCACAUUAACUGUAAUUUUUAUGGUUAUAACUAACUCUAUCAUCUAUAUUAAGCCCUGCACGCAGCAGCAACAGAGAGCACUUUGUACAGAAAAAGAAGAAACAACAUUCAUAUAGAAAAAUUCUUUUUAUUUCCUCUCUUAUUUAUUCCCCUCUGAAUUUUUACAAGAGAGACCGUAGCCGAGGUUGCCAUAUUGUUGCCUUGAUUGCCGACCGAGAGGGCAAGGAUGCAAGGCAGUGACAAAGCAGAACUAAAAUAUACAGCUACGGAAAUAUAUUUUAAUGGUUAUACAAUAACCGCAAACCUGUCUUCAGGUGCACUUAAUGUAUGUAGUUAUGAGGCCGUGAGCAAUUCAACUACCCUUCGGAAAUUUUCGAACCCCUUUCUAGAUGCUACCCCAUUCGUCACAAACCUAUGCUCAGCGAUACUGCUGAUUCAAUUGCUCUUCCUUCUCUUCCAUCGUUUGCCUCGUUUCUUCUCCGAGUUGAUUACUGGUCUACUAAUGGGUCCUAUGGUGCUCGGAGCAAACGCGCUUUUUUCAGAAUACACUCAUCCUGUGAGACAAACUGGAGCGACAGAGACUUUAACAAAUUUGGGAGUCAUUUACUACAUGUUUCUCGUGGGUUUACAGAUGGACCUAACCACAAUAAGAAGAAUCAGUAAAGGUGCAUGGGGCAAUGCUUUGUUUGGAAUUCUAUUACCCUUAGGCAUGGGAGCAGGUUUAUUUCACCUACUACCUGGAAAAACCCACUUUGAGAAUCCUCUUGGUGCCUGGUUUUGGUCUGUUGCCCUCACAGUCACAAGCUUCCCGGAUCUUGCUCAGAUCCUUUCAGACCUGAAGCUUCUACGAACAGAAGUUGGACAAAUGGCCAUAUCCUCAGCUUUUGUUAGUGACAUCGCAUCUUGGAGUUUUCUUGUUGUGACAAUAACAGUUAGUAAUGGGAAAACCCGUGCCUUCAUCCUCCCGACCGUUGCCUUCAUAUUAUUUUGUUGGUUUGUGUUACGUCCGGUUCUUUCGCAGAUUAUUGACAAAGAUUCCUCAAAAGGAGGCAACUACAGUGACCUUUGUAUAUACUCUAUUCUUACUGGGGUGGUCGUUUGUGGAUUCAUCACAGACGCUUGUGGUUCUCACUCUAUGAUCGGAGCUUUUAUGUUUGGACUUAUUAUACCUGAUGGAGAGCUUGGAAUGAUGAUUAUGGAGAAACUUGAAGACUUUGUGCCAGGAAUCAUGCUUCCUGCCUUUUUUGUGCUUACUGGGACUAGAUGCAAUAUUCUUGCUAUGUUUUACAACAUUAAUCCUUUCGCGGUUCUGGGAAUUCUAGUCUUAGCUUGCUUAGCCAAGAUUAUAAGCGGUUUCUUGGUUGCCAUGUACUAUGGCAUGCCAGUUCGUGAAGGUGUCGCCCUUGGAGUUCUUAUGAACGCCAAAGGGGUUUUGGCUUUGAUUAUUCUUAAUGUUGGUAGAGACAUAAAGGCUGUGGAUAACCAACCGUUUACUAUAAUGGUGAUGACAAUUUUACUCAUGACGAUUCUUGUAAAACCGAUCCCCCUUUGGGCUUGUAAGACUACCAAGCAUUUCAGGAAAUACAAACUCCGGACCUUGCAAGAAAGCAAACCUAACUCAGAACUACGAAUACUUGCAUGCAUUCAUACUACUCGCAACCUAUCAGGAAUACUCAACCUCCUUGAACUGUCUAAUUCAACCGAGAAAUCACCAAUUUGUGUAUUUGCUGCGUGUCUAGUAGGUCUGAGUGGACGGACUAAUGCCAUGCUAAUCGUUCACGAUGAGAAUCGUAAUUCCAGUGGCCAAAACUACCCCCCCGCCCGUGGGAGAUCAGAUGCCGACCAAAUCAUCAGCACCUUGGAGAACUACGAAAGAAGAAACCAGUCAAUGUCCUUUCUGCCACUGACAGUUGUAUCUCCUUACACCUCCAUGCACGAGGAUAUCCAUAACCUUGCUGAGGACAAACGCGUGACUUUCAUCCUAAUUCCAUUUCACAAACAAUCUGGUGCAGAAGGGAUGCAACAAGAGAACUCUUCUAUCAGACUAGUAACCCAAAAUCUACUAACAAAAGCUCCAUGCUCUGUGGGGAUAUUUAUUGAUCGAGGCCUCAGUUUGAAGAUUUAUAACGAGGGUAGCCAUCGCAGAGAAAAGCUAAAUUUUGCCAUGUUUUAUACUGGGGGACAUGACGAUCGUGAGGCCUUAACUUAUGCUUGCAGGAUGGCAGGGUCUCUGAAUGUGAGUUUAAAAGUUGUACGAUUUCUUCCAGGUAAAGAAGCAAUAGAAAUGAUGGAUAUGGAAGAGGAAGUGGAGGGUGAAAAUCAAAGAUUUGUUGAUGAUAUGUACCUGAAUGAGUUACGAUUUAUGACAAUGUGCAAUCCAUCUGCAACUUGGGUGGAUAAGUCGGUAAAUAGCGGGGAUGAAAUUAUCAUCGCAGCAAAAGAUCUAGCUGAUGAAUAUGAUCUAUAUAUUGUGGGGAGGGGUCAGGGAAUGAUAAAGCCAUUUGCUUUGGGGCUAUCGGAGUGGAGUAACUGUGAAGAGCUUGGGCCACUAGGAGAUGCAUUAUCAACAUCUGACUUCGCACAACACGCAUCGAUUCUUGUAGUCCAACAACAUUCUGUUUCAACCAUGAAAAACAAGGGCAUGCCGCAGCAUCAAGAGAAAGCUGGACUUGAAACUUGGAAAUCUCCUUUGAGUAGUCGUGACCUUCUGAACAUUGUAAAUCACAGAAAGAAGACAGAUGAAGAGGAUGAUUAAAUGGGAGGCUUAUAGCAUAUCAUGUAGCCAAAUUCAAAUGGUAUAAGAUCUUAUGUAGAAGUUCUGCCUACAUCGAUCACAUUAAGUUUUUGGUUGAUUGUUUUGGGCUAAAAAGAAAUGGAUGUACAGUUGAGCAUGGAUAAUUUUUCUAAAUCAUGCAAUUAAAGAUAGAAUGUAUUGCAUCAA